UAGGAGAUUGUAUCAGACUAUCAGUUUUACAUUGCAUUUCCUAUACAGCAACAUCGUACAAUAUGUCAAAAUUGGGUUUUAUCGGGUUCAAAUGCGGAGGAUUUCUGAGGAAGUUGUCAAGAAAACCAAAACAGUUGAACAUCAACAAGGAAAGACAAAAAUCGAACGUGACAUCAAGGACUUAUCAGCCAAAUGUGGAAGAGAUGAAAUGGGUGUUCGACAAAUUAGACACCAACAAAGAUGGUAAGAUCUCGAAGGAAGAGUACGAGUCAGCAUUAAAAGUACUAGGCAAAGGAGUGGCAGAAACAGAAGGGGCAAAGGCAUUUAGCGCUAUUGACACCGAUGGGGAUGGCUUCAUCGAUUACAAGGAGUUCAUUGAGAUGAUGCGUAACAUAGGAGAAGGGAUCAAUGCCAGUGAUAUCCAAAGUGCAUUUCGGCUGUAUGAUUUGGAUGGCAAUGGGAAAAUAAGUGCCGAAGAAUUGAUGCAGGUGCUUAAGAAGAUGGGAGAGAGGUGUAGCUUGGACGCUUGUCGCAAAAUGAUUCGAGGGGUGGAUGCCGAUGGAGAUGGUCUGAUUGACAUGAAUGAAUUUAUGACCAUGAUGACUUGCACCAUGAGGCCAUCUCAGUGAUCUGGUGUUGUUAUGCCC